CUGAAAACAAAAUGGCUGCCUUCAUUUGUCAUUCUUGAUUUCUAUCCGGGAGCCAAAAAGCAGCUAGCAACUGAAACAUGGCAGAAGAUAAAAAGUUUGUGGUGCUAUCAACGGAUUCAGUAAAAACAGUAGCGGAGAGUGUUGGUAUUGGCAGUUUAUCUGAAGAGAUUGCUGGGAUGCUGGCAGAAGAUGUGUGCUACAGAUUACGUGAAAUAACUCAGGCAAGCACCCAGUUUAUGAAGCAUGCUAAACGCAAACGUCUGAAUGUUGAAGAUUUCAACAAAGCACUGCGGUGGAGUGACGUGGAGCCAGUACAUGGCUAUGGAUCCCCUGACCCUGUGACCUUUGUGCCCAUCAAAGAUUCUGAGCUAUUCUUUGCCGAAGAUAAAGAGAUCAACUUGACGGAUAUUGCCACAGACAAUAAAAUACUGUCAGGAUCUGGCAAGACGUCAGUCAAAGCAUCUUGGGUUUCUAUUGAAGGAGUUCAGAAACCAUCCGGAUCUCAGGCUAGUGCAGGCGUCACCCACAAUAUUCAAAGUCUGACGUCCAAUCUCCAGCAGUAUUAUAAAGAUGUUACCAAGGCGAUCUUUGAUUUAGAUGACCAUCAGAUGGAGAUAACUCUCAUUGAUCUGAGGAAGAACACCAAGAUAUCCGGACUGUUGCCAUACUUAGUCAACCUUGCAUCUUGUGGUAUUAAGAUGGUCAGUCAUGACUUGGGCCAGUUGACACGUCUUCUGCAGCUUGUGGAUGCUCUUAUUCAUAACCAGUCCUUGUACCUCGGACCGUAUCUUGUGCAACUGAUAUCCACAGUGAUGUACUGUAUACUAGAACCUCUAGCUGUCUCCAUCAAUCCAUUGAAUGACCACUGGGCCCUAAGAGACUAUGCUGCCAGAUUACUCUCUAAAAUACUCAGAUCCUCAACUGAGAUUGUAGGCCGAUUUAGACACCAGCUCUUAGCCACAUUGAAGGAAGUUUUAAGUGACCCAGCAAGGCCACUUUGUUCACACUAUGGGGCUGUUGUGGGACUGUGUGCUCUUGGGACUAGGGCGGUGGAGGAGGUGUUUGUGAGUCAACUGUUCAGCUAUUGGCCGACUCUUCAGCAAGUCUUGGAAGAUACUUCAAUCUCUAACUCACAGGUCAAGGGAGAUGGUCACAAGGUUCAUGGAGCCAUUCUGGCUGCGGCUGAAAUGCUCCUGAGAGCAAGGCAAAAUCAACCCAUCUUGGAGGACUCUGACCAUCCAACCUUUGAUCAGUCCCCUAACACCAGCCCUGAUCAUCAAUCAGACUUUCCCUUCGGUUCAGCCAGCCAUCUCGUCCAUCUCAGCAGCAGUGGCGUUAAGAGCAAUGCCGACAAAGAUGAAACCAAACCACAAAAGACAUACACUGUUUCCGAGCUGUAUAAUGAACUCUACGAGUACCUCGGCGACAGCCUUACUCUUAGGAUAUAUCCUUCUGAGCUCGCGGAGGAGCAGCCUGUCGAGGAGCCACCAAAAGAUAUUGAUCUAAUGCGACUGCUGAAUGCGGAUUCUCACAAUGAGCAUCUUCAUGGAGGAGGAUCGCUGAAGCUCAACAGACAAAAGCAUCCCAACAGACCACGCCUUCUCUCUGGAGGAACAGGUAGAGAGGGGCUCCGCCCGCGCCAUGGUAAGACACCAAAGAAGGUCCGUGGGCGAGCUGCCUGUCUCAAGGAUGCCUUCCCUUUAGCAAAGACAAUCAAGAUACACAAGUCUGAUUUCACAACACAGUUGAGCGUUCCUGGACACUUGGCAAGUUUGCGGACCAAGGGCUCAUCUGAGAGUAGUGGGGCAAUACCCUCGUGGUUGACAAGUAACUCUGAUGUAUGGAAGAUUAACAUGAGGAUGCCUUUGUACGGGAAGAGGAGGUUAAGUGGAGGUCAUUAUCAAAGAACUGUGAGCGACUUGAGUGCUUGCUUGUAACAUUCUUGUGAGCAUAAUCAUUGGGAUGAACUGUACAUGUAAAACUACUAUUACUCACGUGAAAAUGUUAACUUUUCUGUCCAUUAUACCAGAAUCUUGGUAUUAGGAUAUCAGUUAUCUUUAGGUGAACUGUUAAUGUACCUAGGUUCAGUUAAAGAUGCUAGGUCCACUUUUUGGCUGAUUUGACCCUACAUUUUUUAGUUUCCAGAAAGGCAUGAACUUUAUCUAACUGGUAGGUGAUUAGUUUAUGAUAAAUAAUUGUAAAAACAAGGAAUUAUUUGGGCAAAAAUUAACUGGAUAAUCAAUUAACUUUCAAAUUGAAGCUACUUGCUUUUUAUUUUUUAUAUUAUUCAAUCAUGUAUUUUAGAUUUAAUGAGGUCAGUUAUUUCAGUGCUGAAGAUAGUCUUGACCUCAAGACCGGUCUUGAACAACAGCUUUAUUUAAACGGCAGUGGUUAUUUGCGCAAACUUGCCAAGCACAGAAAGUUUUGCUUAGCAGAAACAGGUUGUCAGCCAACAUUCCACAAGGUUUACAUUGUUGCCACUGGUGCUGAACUUAUUUGUUGCUUAGCAAAGAAAUUUGCUGGGAGCAUUUUCUGCUUAACUGCUUAAUGAAGUUGAGCCCAACCAGUGGUUUAUAAACUGGUUGCAGAUUUUACAAGAUAGCUUGAAAAUGUGGGGAAAGUGGAAAAUGUUAAUAAGAGCUUGGCCCGUGGACACUAUUGGUAAUUGUCAAAGACCAGUCUUCUCACUUGAUGUAUCUCAUCAUAUGCAUCAUGAAAUA